GAGAAAGAAAGAAAGAAAUAGCAAGAGAAAUAAAAAUAAAUCAAAUGGAGCUCUUAUACACUGCCAAGUACUCAGCAGGCCAAAUCCCCCACAAACAAAACUUGCAAGCUCCCUGCCCAUGGCGCUGCCUGCGUUUCUUACCCGCGAAAUGAAUAACUGGCGAGUAGCUGGUCGGCAACGACUCCUACUCGUUGGCACUUUGGCUCUUUUGACCAUUUCACUCUUGUUUUUCUUACCUGUCAGUAAUUUCGUUUCUCUCAAUGGAGCAGAAGAACAGAACGGCCUUGACAGCACAACCGCUGCACCAGAGUCACCAGUAUUACCUGCGCAACCACCCGUGGAUGCGCCUCUUUCCGACUUUAAGCCAGAUGAUCCCGUCCGAGCAUGCUUUGUCAUCCUGGUUCGUAACCGAGAACUCAACGGCAUCGUUGGCACGAUUGAGCAGAUUGAACAGCGAUUCAACAAAAAGUAUCAAUACCCAUACAUUUUUUUGAAUGACGAUGACUUUACCCAAGAUUUUAUCGAUACAACGUCCGCACUGACGACGGCCGGUACGCGCUAUGGCAAAUUGGACAGUCAAAUGUGGGGUUAUCCACCGUUUAUCGACCAGAACUUGGCAGCCGACAAACGAGCAGAAAUGGCCAAGCUAGGCAUUCCCUACGCAGAAAGCGAGAGCUAUCGCCACAUGUGCCGUUUCCAAAGCGGGUUCUUUUUCCGGCAUCCUUUGUUGGACGAGUUUGACUACUAUUGGCGUUUGGAGCCUGAUGUGGAUUAUCACUGUGAUUUGGACUAUGAUGUAUUCAAAUUCAUGCGCAACAAUAACAAGAAAUAUGGUUUCAAUAUUGCGUUCCGUGAAUUCGGCGCGACUGUCCCAUCACUGUGGCAAACGGUUAAGGACUUUGAGCGUGAUCGCCCCGAGGUUGUGAAGCACUGGCCCAUCAAGGAGGAUUCAUUGUAUCGCUUCAUCACGGACGAUGAUGGCGGAUCGUACAAUCUAUGUCAUUUCUGGACCAACUUUGAAAUUGCCUCGCUGUCCUUAUGGCGCUCAAACGAUUACCUCAAAUUCUUCAACUAUUUGGAUCAGUCAGGUGGAUUCUUUUACGAGAGAUGGGGCGAUGCUCCCGUUCACUCGAUUGCUGCAAGCAUGAUGCUCCGCAAAGAUGAGUUCCACUUCUUCAACGAUAUCGGCUAUCGACACACCGCAUACACGCAUUGCCCAGUGGAGCCUGAAUACCGUUCCAAAUGCAACUGCAACCCAGAUGACAACUUUGAUUACAACCCCGGCCUCAGCUGCUAUUCGGUUUUUAAGAAAGCAUUAGAAGAAUAGUUUUCUAAUCAUGUUAUCAUUAGCACCAUCACCGUGUAAACAUCCAACACAUACUUAAAAACUGGCAACUGCACUUAUAGCAUACACGGCAGCAUCUUUAGCACAUGUAGAUUCUAUUCUUAGCAAGUAAUAAUUGGUUCUGUGUCACCCUAAUCGAGUGGAGAGUUUCUUUAUUGGGUUAAACAUCCUUUUUUUU